AUGAUGCUUAAAGAACACGUGAACUUCUACUCAAAGAAUAAGACAAACACUGAGAGAUACAUAUUCAUUAAUGAGAGAAUGACCUGGCGUAAAGCUCAGAGAUACUGCAGAGAACAUCACACAGAUCUGCCCAGUGUGAGGAACGAGACUGAGAGACAGCAGAUCUGUAGUGUGUUACAAACUGCUGACAGGAAUUGGAUCGGCAUGUUUAACGACUCCUGGAAUUGGUCGGAUCAGAGUAGCUCCUCAUUCCGUUACUGGGAUUCUAACCAGCCUGAUAAUUAUGAUGGAAAGGAGAACUGUACUACCUUGAUAAUGACUGAACAGGGUCACUGGAACGAUGAUAACUGUGAUAAACCAUAUCCAUUCAUCUGCCAUGAGGAUAAGCUGAUCUUGAUUCAGAAGAAUCUGAGCUGGCCAGAAGCUCUGAGAUACUGCAGAGAGAAUCAUGUGGACCUGGUCUCAGUUCACUCUGAGGAGAUCCAGCUCUGGGUGGAGGAUGUGGCUCAGAAAGCCUCCACUGAUCAUGUGUGGCUGGGUCUGCGUCACACCUGCGCCCUCAGCUUCUGGUUCUGGAUGAGUGGAGACUUUAUCUGCUAUGAUAACUGGGCUCCAGGUAACGGAACAGAAGGUGAAGACUGCAGUCCUGUAGAGAGAACCGGAGCGGUGCAGGCUAGAGGAGAUCAGAAGUGGGUCAGCCUGCCUGAGAACCAGACUCUCAACUUCAUCUGCAUCAAAUAUGAAGAUGGCACCUGCUGCCUCUGCAUCAGCUGUUCCUGUGACAGUGGCAUCUGCCACCUCCAUUCCAAUGCCAGCAGUGCACGCUGUUCCUGGGGAGCUGUGGCAUAUGUGUGCUCCACUGGCACUGGAGAUGUAGAGGAAGCAGGUGCCAUCUGCACAGGUACAGGGGUGACGGCAGGUCUUACUGCCACAGGAACAGCAGGCACUGCUGGCACUGGAGCUGUAGUGGAGGCGGGUGCCACUGGCACUAAAGCUGAAUUGGCAGCAGGCACUGCUAGCACAAGAACAGGGGUGGCGCCAUGUGCAGCUGGCACUAAAGCUGCAAGGACAGGCACCGUUGGAGCUGGUACUGGAGCUGAUGCGGUUGGUGACGCUGAAUCUGGUACUGGAGCAGAGGUGGUGGGUGCCGCAGGCACUGAAGCUGACGCGAUGGGUGCCGCUGAAGCUAGUAAUGAAGUGGGGGCAGCAGGUGCUGCUGAAGCUGGGACUCAAGCUGAGACAGGUUGUUUAUAA